UCUCUUCCGGUUGUCGAGCAGCAGGUAGCGAGUUUCUCUCGUAUCGACAGCAUCUGAGUGAAUCCUGUGAAGGGGUCGGUUGUUACUGAAAGCUGAGCUCGGCGCAGUGUGGAGGGGCUCUCAGCGCGCAGCUCGAGCGCGGGAUUGAGGGAUUCUGUGGCAGAGGGUGAAAUACUGGAGCUGUUUAGCUAGCCGUUAGCCGUUAGCGGUCCUCCGGUGUGCUGUCGGUAACGCGUGUGUGCUGUCUCCUCUGAAGCGGUCGUGUUUGUGUCGCCAGCAGACGGAGAUCAGGAAUGGCCAAGUCGAAGAACCACACCUCGCACAACCAGUCUCGCAAGUGGCACAGGAACGGCAUCAAGAAGCCCAGGUCUCAGCGCUACGAGUCCCUCAAAGGGGUGGACCCUAAGUUCCUGAGGAACAUGCGCUUUGCCAAGAAGCACAACAAGAAGGGGAUGAAGACCAUCGCCAGGAAGGAGGCGUCCAAAUAGAUGAGGACAGACCCCAGAGAGUCUGCGGUGUACAGCUGUCCUCCAGAAGGACUCGAUACCGUCUUCAAUAAAGCCUGCUUUGCCUGAGA